AUGCGUUCUCGAGAUUUUGACUCAAUUCGAUUUGCCACAUACCGAACUGCUUGUAAAUUAAGAUUUAUUCAAAUAAAAACAAAUGUUCAUCUUGUUGAUAUUUGGAAUAUGAUUGAAUCUUUUAGAGAAAAUGGACUUAAUGCAAUUGCUAGCAAUGGAAAUUUAAAAGUUUCGAGGCUGGAACUUUUAUUAACCAGCAUUUUUCAUAAUUUGAACAAACGCUUACCUGCAAGUCAACAAGUAGAUACUGAUAGUCAACAUCUUGGUCGAUUAACUGUUUUUGCUAUUAAAGUUGGAUUGGCUACUUUAUGUGCUGGAAAAUUGGUUGACAAACUGAGGUAUAUAUUUUCUCAAAUUUCUGAGCAAAGCGGUGCUUAUUUGGAUCAUUCUAAAUUUGCUGAAUAUUUACAGCAUGUCUUAGCUUUGCCUACUGCUGUUUUUGAGGGUCCAACUUUUGGUUAUUCUCCCCUGGCUUUAUCUCAAUGUUUUCAAAAAAGUCAACCUGAACCCUUUUUGGAUACAAUACUUGGGGAGAGUUGCCCUCCCUGCCUUAUGUGGUUACCUUUAUUGCACAGAAUGGCUGCUGUUGAAAAUGUUUAUCAUCCUGUUGUUUGUGAUUCUUGCCAGGUCCGUUCUUUCAAUGGUUUUCGUUACAAAUGUCAACGAUGUAUCAACUACCAACUCUGUCAGUCUUGUUUUUGGAGAGGGAGGGUCAGUCAGGAACAUAGCAAUGAGCAUGAAAUGAAAGAAUAUAACAGCUAUAAAUCCCCAACAAAGCAAUUAGCCCAUACAAUCCAAAAAUGUACUUUACAAUGUAUUCCAACUACAAAUCAAAAAACUCAUGUAGAUUACCCUCCUAGACCUCAACGCGCUUUGGAUUUGGCUAAUGUAGUGCCAAGUACGCCUAUUAGUGGAUUCACCCGACGCCAAGCACCUGAACCUAUCGCUGAAUGGACUUCAAAAUUUUUGCCUGGUCAAUAUGGGCGAGCAAGUGCAAUGGAUGAUGAACAUAAACUUAUUGCCAGAUAUGCUGCCAAAUUAGCUGGGAGGACUGUGUAUGCUUCCUCUCGUCGUCCACCUCCCCAUCACCUUCCUCCAUCCUCUUCAGGGGCUUAUUUUAGUGGGGCAUCAACUUCGGAUGAGCAACAACACUUAGACGAACGUGCGAUUAUUGCCCGUUUAGAAGAAGAAAAUCAGCAAAUGCUCCAUGAAAUGCAUUCACUCGAACAACAACAAGCAUUUUGUGACAGUUCUGGGCAAUUAGAAAAUCUUAGAGAACAAACAGCUGAAUUGGAGGUAAAAAUGCAGGAGAAACAAAUACUUAGGAGAAAAUUAAUGAAACAACUUGAACGUUUGAUGGCAGGGCUUAAUGCCCCCAUAGUCCAGCCAAGUACAGCACCCAGCACUGCCCCAACAAUAAGAGCGCGUUCUACAACCACAGCUGCUUCUGGAGGGAUAUCUUUAGGUCAACUCGGAUUGGGAGAUUUUAACCUAAGUCCACAAAGAGUUGGAACAGUUGCUCAAAUGCAGGAUGACCUUUUACAAGCUGCGGAUGAAAUUACAGAAAAUAUGAGUGAAUUAGUGAGGGAAUUGGAAAGGGAAGAGGAAGAAGAGGGGGAAAAGGAAAGGGAAGAUAUUGAUGGGAGAAGAAAACAUUCAACAGAUGAAGCAACAAAAUCAGACGUUGAAACUUCCUCAUCCCACCAACAAAAAACUAAAAACACCCAACAACAUCGUUUUAGGAGUAAUUCAACAAAGGAGCCUAUGUUACAGCCACAAUCACCUUAUUUAUCGAGAAAAACUUAA